GAGGGGGGUGGGAUUGGCCGGUGCUAUGGAAGGAUGUGACUAAGUAAGAUAGACGUACUGGGAGAGAGACAGAGACACACAGCGGGUGAGAUAGAGGGACAGGCAGAGACACGGAGACAGAAACUGAGAGAAAAAGAGAGAACUGCUGAAUAUGAAACCUUUUUCCCUUGAAGAGAAAGGAUACCCCGGCGGCCCCCACGUCCCACCCCCCCGCCUGGGCCGCCUCCGCUGAAGUGGAAGGAGCAGCCUGACUCUCUUCCAGGACUGCGGACCGUCUCGGGCCGCAGUUACCCAGCCCAGGGGCGCGCGAAAGCCGAAGCGCGGAACCAGCAGGGGGCGUCCCGCGGCCCGGACCUGCGGCCUCGGACCCGGGACCGGCCGGCGCGCGCUCGCCGCCAGGGGGCGCUGCGGGACUGCCCCGGCCCCCGCGCCCCUUCCGCGGCCGGGGCGGGCAGCGGAGCGGGUGCAACGGCCGCGCCGGGGGCCAUGCGGGGCCAGGCCCGGAAGGAGAGUCUGUCCGAUUCCCGAGACCUGGACGGCUCCUACGAUCAGCUCACGGGGAACCCACCCAGGCCCACUAAAAAAGCGCUGAAGCAGCGAUUCCUCAAACUACUGCUGCCGUGCUGUGGCCCCCAGGCCCUGCCCUCAGUCAGCGAAAAUAGCGUAGAGGAUGAGUUUGAAUUAUCCACUGUGUGUCACCGGCCCGAGGGGCUGGAACAGCUGCAGGAACAGACCAAGUUCACCCGAAAGGAGUUGCAAGUCCUAUACAGGGGCUUCAAGAACGAAUGCCCCAGCGGCAUCGUCAACGAAGAGAAUUUCAAGCAAAUUUACUCCCAGUUCUUCCCUCAGGGAGAUUCCAGCACUUAUGCCACCUUCCUCUUCAAUGCCUUUGACACCAAUCAUGAUGGUUCUGUCAGCUUCGAGGAUUUUGUGGCUGGUCUGUCGGUAAUUCUCCGAGGAACCAUAGAUGAUCGGCUCAAUUGGGCCUUCAACUUAUAUGACCUCAACAAGGAUGGCUUCAUCACCAAGGAGGAAAUGCUGGACAUCAUGAAGUCCAUCUAUGACAUGAUGGGCAAGUAUACAUAUCCUGCCCUUCGGGAGGAGGCACCAAGGGAACACGUCGAGAGCUUCUUCCAGAAGAUGGACAGAAACAAGGAUGGUGUGGUGACCAUUGAAGAGUUCAUUGAGUCCUGCCAGAAGGAUGAGAACAUUAUGCGUUCCAUGCAGCUCUUUGACAACGUCAUCUAACUCAAUAGAGAGAGGGGUUGUCAUGUGCUAAGGGAAGCUCCUGGGCCUCCCUGCCCAGAUGGACCUCGCUCUUCCUUUUCCCAGUUCUAUCUCCGGCCCCCAUCCUGUUGUCUGCAGGUGCCCAGGCAACUCACAGGGGUUGCUAGGAGGCUGUGACCCCUUUGGGGGAUCUAGGUUCUGAGGUAAAAGGGGGUGGGGGUGGGUGGGGACUUGGAAAACAGGGCAGAAUCCUGAAGUGGUGUUUGGAAGUGUCCAAGGCUCUCAUGUAGUUACCCAGACCCCUUGUCUGCUCCAACCCACUGCCUCUGCCUUAGGGUUUGAUGUAGGAACAAAGAAGCUUCCCCCAUUCCCAUUCCACCCAGACAAUAGAAUCCAAGAAUGCCCCUGCUAUGGUGCUUCCCCAAACCAACCAAUCUCCCAGAGACCUCCCUACUGGGCACUUGCAGAAGCACUUCUAAGAGAUCCUAAUAGCAAGGGGGAGUCUUAGACCAUAGGCCAAGAUCUAAACUAGUCAUCAGGGUCCUCUGUAGUGGAGGUUAAAAAUUAAUCCAGAGAAGCCUCCCAGGCCCUGGCUCCUGGGUCUGGGGAACCUGAUUGGGAAUACCCUGGCUCUCAGAAGAACUCUGACCCUGGCCUCUGGAAAGAAGAGGUGGGAAAUCAAGGUCCUAUAGUGCACCUGCAUGAGAAGAGAAGCUCCCCUGAACAGGAGCCUGGGAUUCCAGAUACCUGUAUCACUUGCCUUGAUGCUCUCCUGGGACUCUCCAUGUAUUUCCUCUUCCCCAUGGCUCCUUGAGUAUGAUGGUGGUGAGUGUGGGGGCGAGGGUCCCACAGAUGGAAAAAGGUCUAGGACUGUCCGAGCAGCUGGAGUUCAUUGAGGUCCUAGUAUGUAUCCUCUCCUGUCAGCUUGACACAUUUUAGCAGGACCAGCUAGUGAGGCCAUUCCCUCCUUCAGAAUUUCAGGUUCCAGAAUGAACACUAUCACAGGAUUAGAAAUGCCCCAAAGCUGUGUGUAUGGGGGGAUAUGUGUGGCGCCUUGGCAGAUGGGGCCCUCCUUACUACUGCCUGUCUACCCCUCUCCAGCACAGCUCAGCUGCUUCCUCUCCCAGCUCUGCAACCUCUCCUUCCCCCCUGAGGAACCAGGGAAACCCUAAUGUUCUCAGCAGAGGACUCUUAUUGCCCCAUCCCAUCCUGCCCAGGAUUUUUUUUUCCUCAUCCUGAAACUCCUCAGGCAUUCUCCCUGCUGAUCCAGGGUGGGAAGGGCUCUGCAAGCCCUGUCCCGGCCCCAUCUCUUCCCCCUGGGCCUCCACUCCACUCCUACAAUGUCUCAACUUGUCCUAGGUACCUCUGCCCUCUCAGCCAGCACUGAUCUGAGGGGAUAGGGGGAUAAUAGCCUCCUUGCUCCUUUGACUAGGACUUGAUUGUGACUGCUUUGCAUUUUCAACUCUGUGUAUAUUUUGUAAAAUAAGGAACCCAGAGAAUCCAAUAAAACACAA